GACACGUGAUCGAUCACGUGCUGGCCAGAGGAACUGGAAGCAGCAGCCUACCUGCAACGCGGUGGAAGAGUCCCGUCAGGAAAGAUUUGUUGUGUCUGGAAGAGAAGUGCCACAACUCAGGUCCCUGCCCUCAUCUGACGUUUAACAUGUCCGGCAGAAAUCCAGGAACUGACCUCGACCUGGAAUGGUUAUCCAAAGUCAGAGUGAAUACCCAGGCCGUGCUGAAGAGGGCUCAACACAUCCAAGGUCUGAAGGUCCCCAAAAAGCAGUGGCAGACAGCCUGGCUGCUGAAGGCUGUCUCAUGUAUUGACUUGACGACAUUGGCUGGAGACGACACGCCGUCCAACGUUCACCGGCUCUGUGUGAAAGCCAUCCAGCCGGUCAGAUACGACCUUCUCAAGAAGAUGGAUAUGCACGACAAAGGAUUAACAACAGCAGCAGUGUGUGUUUAUCCAGCUCGCGUGGCCGAUGCUGUCAAAACACUAAAGGCAGCCAACUCCAGCCUUCCUGUUGCCUCAGUUGCCACUGGCUUUCCAGCUGGGCAGACACUCCUGCAGACCCGCCUGCAGGAGGUCCAUAUGGCAGUGAGAGAUGGUGCUACGGAGAUUGAUAUUGUCAUCAAUAGAACGCUUGCUCUCACAGGACAGUGGGAAGCCAUGUACGACGAGAUUCGACAGUUUCGAGAGGCCUGUGGUGAUGCCCAUAUGAAGACAAUUCUGGCUACUGGAGACCUGGGAACCUUCACCAACAUCUACAAAGCCAGCAUGGUUGCCAUGAUGGCCGGUUCGGACUUCAUCAAGACUUCUACUGGAAAGGAGACAGUCAAUGCAACUUAUCCUGUUGCCAUAGUGAUGUUGAGAGCUAUCCGUGAUUACUUCCUGCGUACCGGCCACAAGGUGGGCUUUAAACCAGCCGGAGGAAUUCGGACAGCACAGGAAUCCCUUGUGUGGCUAAAUCUGAUCAAAGACGAACUUGGUAACGAUUGGCUCAAUCCUCAUCUCUUCCGCUUGGGAGCCAGCAGCCUAUUGGCUGACAUAGAGAGGCAGAUCUACCAUUAUGUAACUGGGCAGUAUGCAGCAUACCAUGAGCUGCCCAUGGCCUGAAAACCAAAGUGUUGUGUUUUAUUCAUCAGACACGACUUUAGGAAUGCCAUGCAGCUCAGUCGUUGAAGGAAAGCUACAGGCACUUGAGUUCUGUUAAUAGUGAUGGUAACACCCAGCAUGUUGAAUUGAUAUGUACUGGCUGUGAGUGACCAUCAAAGUGUUUUUUUCAGAUAACUACUGAUGAGAAUGACCCAAACUUAAUAAAUCAUUCAUUUGAACUCUGA